CGCGAGUCUGGGUAAUGCCCAAUACUGCUGGGCGAUUUAGCCUUAAGCCUUCAAGUUGUCUGUUGCAGAACGAAUGUCAGCCUCGAGCAAGUUCUAUUACUGGUUUCUCUUCAAGCGUGCAACUUGUGUAGGUAUUUGCCUAGCCAACAUGCCCUGCACCGCCAGAAGGUUUUUUUUUUUUUUUUUUUUUUUUUUUUUUUUUUUUUUUUUAGCACAAUGCGGGUGGGUCAAAGGCAACUUUAUAAGUCAUGCUCUUUCGGAACGGAGGUCGACGGAGCUCCAAAAAAAUCUCCAGGUCAGACGCACUUGAUUAAGCGGUACAUUGUUCAGCGUGUAAUUAAAGCUUAUCUCAACUCGAAGAGGACUGCUCGGCGGAUGAGGAGGCACGGGAAAGAGCACACAAUUAAUUAGCCCCAAGGAGUGUGAGCUGAGGAAUCGGGAUUGGGCGCUCGGCAACGCGAGCAACAAAUUUAAUACAGCUGAAGUUGCAGGGUAGGCU